AGGGUGGGAGUUGAGAACGAGGGUGCAGUUCUGCCAGCAGUUACCUUAUCAGACCAGACAUAAGGGAGCACCGCAGAACGAAAGAGUGGUGCAGCCAUACCGGACACAUGGACAUGGAAAGUUGGGUCUAAGGGUAGCCAAAUGCAGAGCUUGCUUCGGCAGCAACGGGGGUUAUGCUUUCUCUUGUCUACGGUCGACCUUCUAUGCUGGGAAUAAGCCUUUGACCAAGACUGUAGAAGAAGUGUAUUCACUACGUCAUGAGGGAACAACCGAUAGAAGAAAAUGCGGUGGUUCCAUAGAGACCUGUCUGGUUUGGAAGCCGAGGCCCUGCUCAAGGCUCGAGGUGUUCAUGGCAGUUUCCUGGCCCGGCCCAGCAAGAAGAACCAAGGCGACUUCUCCCUCUCUGUCAGGGUGGGGGAUAUGGUGACCCAUAUCCGAAUCCAGAACACGGGAGAUUUCUAUGACCUGUAUGGCGGGGAGAAGUUUGCCACACUCUCGGAGCUGGUGGAGUACUACACCACCGAACACGGCACCCUGCAGGACAAAGAUGGGACUGUGAUCGAGCUCAAGUACCCUCUGAACAGCUCCGACCCCACCACUGAAAGGUGGUUCCAUGGUCACUUGUCAGGUCCAAAUGCGGAAAAGCUCUUGGUGGAGCGGGAUGAACCCGGCACCUUUCUGGUGCGCGAGUCUCUGUCCAAACCAGGGGACUUUGUCCUGUCUGCCCUGACUGAGGAGAGGACCAAGGGACCCGAUGGACCGAGGAGGGUUUCUCACAUCAAGAUUAUGUGCCAGAACUAUAAGUACACCAUCGGUGGGUCGGAGAAAUUUGAUUCGCUGAGUGACCUGGUGGAACACUAUAAGCGCAAGGGAAUUGAAGAGUUGUCAGGUACCUGGGUAUACCUCAAACAGCCCUACUAUUCGACAAGAGUGAACGCAGCGGACAUCGAGAACAGAGUCAAGGUGUUAGAUCAGACAGCUGCCAGGGAGAACGGCGGCGAGGGCGAGAAGAAGAGUAAAGCAGGAUUUUGGGAGGAGUUCGAUGCUCUGCAGAAGCACGAAACGAAGGUGAAGAAGAGCAGAAGCGAAGGGAUGAGACCGGAAAACAAGAGCAAAAACAGAUACAAGAACAUCCUUCCAUUCGACGAUACAAGGGUGAUUCUGCAGUCUGCCGACCCAUCUGUAGUUGGUUCUGACUACAUCAAUGGAAACUAUGUAAAAAAUAAGCUGAGUGACUCUGGGCAUCAGAAGGUCUACAUCGCCACCCAGGGAUGCCUCGCCACAACUGUAAACGACUUCUGGCAGAUGGUGUGGCAGGAAAACUCACGUGUGAUCGUCAUGACGACGCGAGAGGUGGAGAAGGGCCGGAACAAGUGUGUACCGUACUGGCCUGAACUGGAAGGCACCAAGGAGGUGGGCUCCUAUUUGGUCACCUGUUUAUCCGAAAGGGACGCGGCGGAUUACAAGGUCCGGGUGCUGGAAAUCAUACCUAUGGACCAGUCGGACUGUCCCCGCACCAUUUGGCACUACCAGUACCUGAGCUGGCCGGACCACGGGGUACCAGAGGAGCCAGGUGGGGUGCUCAGCUUCCUAACACAAGUCAACAGCAAGCAGAUGGAGUUUGCUGAUGCUGGGCCCAUGAUCAUACACUGCAGUGCUGGAAUUGGUCGGACUGGCACCAUCGUGGUCAUUGACAUGCUGGUGGAGAUCAUUGACACUAAAGGCCUAGACUGUGACAUUGACAUCCCCAAGUUCAUCCAGAUGGUCCGCGAGCAGCGCUCUGGCAUGGUGCAGACCGAGGCCCAGUACAAGUUCAUCUACUUGGCCGUGUUGCAGUACAUCGAGACCACUAAAAGCAAGAUGCAGGCAUGUGAGAACCUCGAGACAGAAUAUGGCAAUUUAUCUCUGCAGCCGAAACACCAGAAAGUCAGCCGGAAGGUUUCCAAGAAUAAAGAAGACGUUUAUGAGAAUCUGGGGCUGAAGGGGAAGAAAGAUGUCAAGAAGCAGAAAUCAGAGGAGAAGAAGAGCGGCUCUGUGCGGAAAAGAUAGAGCAAAGAUCACGGACGAAGAACACUUCUCAAGAAUCCGUGGUCCCUCUUUAAACAAACCGCACAUAGCUUUUACAUCAUGGCUAAUGGUUUAUGGAGGCUUUUUAAAAUUCUUUGUUUUUAUUUUCAGUGGCUUUAGGAUUUAUUUAAAUGUUGUUGCUUUGUGCCUCAGAAUAAUAUGGAAUUGGAGACGAAAGGAUGAUCAAUACUCAAUGUUUGUUUUUCGCACCAUAGAAAACUUUUGCUACGGAGAAAAUCAGAACCGUUUCAAAUAAAGGAAAUUUGUGUGA